AAAUAGUUUAUUAAUGCAAAUCCCUUCAGACUUGAAGCGAAACCUAGACCGGCUAUCCCCAAAAUGGGGAAUCUCAUCUAUCUCAGAGAAAAUACAUGAAAUCUUCCUUGCUAGAGAAGGGUCAAGAUGAAGCUGAAACCUCGCUGUGAAUUAUAGUUUUAAUAUAAACAACACCAGUCGAUCCCCAGGCGACACUUCGACUAUUAUGGCAAAUAAAAACCAAGGUACAGAAGAAGAGCCUUCACAGGAGCCCAAGAUCAGAGCAUAUGACAUUGCUGAAAUAUUACAAGAGAACUAUGCAUUCCUGUCAGGUGGAAAAGACCAUUAUAACAACUUGAUAGUCACCAUCCCUGUUGAUUCAAAAAUCAACAUAGCAGACGACAAUUAUAUCAAAAUAGUUUUCAAGUAUCUUUUAGAUUUGUCAUCAAGAUUUUUUGACUAUGAAGAAUGUGUAAAACAAGAAUUCACUGUGAUACUAGAUAGACGAAAAGGACGGUGGAGCAAUGUCAAUACCACCCUGGCAAAGCUAAAGAACACUUUCCCAUCUCCUAUCAGCUGUGUAUUCGUGUUAAAACCACAAGGGAUAAUCCAGAAAUUUAUGGGUGGAAGUGCAAGCCAAGAAGCGCAGGCAACGUUCAAGAUUGUGGUACUUGGGAGCGUAGCAGACUUGCAAACGUAUAUUGAACAAGACCAGCUGUCAACUGAUUUGGGAGGAAAAUUGGAAUACAAGCAUGAAGAAUGGAUAGAAAACAGAAGUGCUAUCGAAAGAUUUUAUUGUAAGGUCGAAGAAAUAUCGAAAAAGCUUGACAUGAUGCGAAGAAAAUUUGAGCGAACGGAGAUAACCUCUAGCAUACAGGAAAUGGAGUUCACUCUGGAAUCACAGAAAGAACUAUGGAAGGAUAUUAAAGAAGAUAUUAUUAGUACAAGAAUGACAGGGGUAACUUUGCUUAAAUGUAUUCACCCAAGUAGGAAUAAAGACGAUGAAAAUGAUAAUGCUGUUGGUCCAGACGUCAAAGCCAAUACCACCGAACUCGAAGGACUCUUCAAAAAAUUGAACGAUUCUGAUAAAGAAUUUGAGAGAUUUUUCGAAAAUCAUGAAAUGAAGUUUCGACAAGGGUUAGAAAUAUCAUUAUUUGAGCUGGAAGUUGGUCAGAUUACAGGACUCCUUUUCGCGGCAACCAGUAAAGUGUCGACAAUGGUUGACGUAGGAGACAGCAGAAUGGCUGCCGAAAAACUAUUGGAUGAGCUACACACGUUUAAGACUACUACGUCACGAGAUCCUAUCAGUCGAGCCAAAGCCCUGAUCGAGAAGGGAAAGGAAUUAGCAGAGAAAGACUCACUAUCGAAAAGAACCGUAAAGAUGAGAUGCGACGAGCUGUCACAAUCGUGUGCUGAAUUGAACAACAAGAUCGAGAUGAGAGAAAAACAACUGAAAAAUGCCAUGGAUAUCCAUGAUUGUCUGCAGCAGGUGAGUGGGUGGUGCACAAAAGGGAGCGAUCUUCUCGCGACACAACCAGUCGAGAAAUUCCAGACUUCAGAAGGAGCAGAGAAAUGUCUGGAAGAGAUAGAGAGCUUCCUCAAAGACCGACAAGGCAUAAGUUUAAAGAAGCUGAACCAACUAGAAAAAAUGAGCAAAGAAUUAGGGAAUACAUUUCUAAUCAAUAAAGUGAAAGAUUCGUUGAAGAGGAUUGGUCAGGUGAAUGAAAUGAUGACCAAGAGAGAGAACAGUCUCAAGCGCAUGGUGGCCAAGAGACCUGUCCAGCCAGUCACAGCUCUCCAGGUUGACAAAGGAGAACCAAAACGAAAAUCAAGCUCACCGUCAAACGCGCCCAAAUCCGCAGAAUCGAAACGGAAGAUGAGCUCUGCAUCUGCAGGAGAAGCGCGGAAAGUAAAACCCAGUCCUACUCCUAAAAGACCCGUGUCUAUCGUAGUAUCGAAUAAUUCCGAUCCACCAUCACCUGUACCUUUAGCGAAAAACUACGCCAAGGCUGUAUCUAUACCAGACCUCUUGGAUGCCGUGGACGGCGAAGAUACUACAGAGAUUAUCAAAAAACGAAUGCAGAUAAUGAUGGAACUGGUAGCAACUGAGCGGGAUUACGUGGAGGAUCUACGAUGCAUCAUUCGCGGUUACAUCAGGGAAUUCGAAAAAGCCAGUGAUAAAAUACCACCAAAUCUUUACGACAAAAAGAAUAUUAUAUUUGGAAACGUUGAACAAAUUUAUGAGUUUCAUAAUGAGGAGUUUUUGAAGGAGUUGGAAAAGUGUGUGGACGAUCCGCUUCUUGUUGGCGAGGUGUUCCACGAAAAAAGAGACGAUUUUGAUAUGUAUGCCGUAUAUUGCAAGAACAAACCUGCUUCAGAAGCGCUGCAACAAGACUUUGUUAAUCUGCCGAUUGUUAAAGAGUGGCAAAAUAAACUGGGGCACAAGCUUCCACUUUCCGCUUAUCUUCUUAAACCUGUACAGAGAAUAACAAAAUACCAAUUACUACUGAAAGAAAUGAUGAAAAAUACUCGAAAUAAUAGGGAUGCGUACGUGAGUCUGAUGGAAGCAUUACAAUCAAUGCAGAGCGUCCUACGUCACCUAAAUGACGUCAUGCACUCUAGAGGCCUCAGAGGUUACCAUGGUAACUUGGCAGAACUUGGCAAACUGCUCCUGCAAGAUUCUUUUAAUGUUUGGCAUGUGAAUAAACGAGGAAUCCUGCCAUUGAGAGGACGACCAAGACAGGUUUUUCUCUAUGAAAAGAUGGUUAUCUUUUCGAAAAGGGAGGAGGAUUUCAGCAGGAAGGAUGUGGUUUGUUACCAGUACAAAAACAGCUUGAAGCUAAGUGAAACUGGCAUAACUGAAACAGUCAAGCACGCCCCUAUGAAAUUUGAAUUAUGGCUGAACAACAGAUCUGAAGUCUUUAUUCUACAGGCUGUAUCCCAAGAGGAAAAAGAAAAAUGGGUGGCAAAACUGCGAGAUGUAUUACUUAGCCAAUUUGACCAAGCCAAAGCUGAACAGAAGUUCAAAAGCCAAGAAUUAGGAAAAUGGAAUUCAACACCUACCCUUGGACAAGAAAACCAAAAUAAUUUGCACUCAAAGACCUUAUCAGUAACAUCACUGGAUCAGGAGAGUGGUAAUACCUAUGAUGAUGAUGGAUUUGACAGUGAUGAGUUUGAUAGUGAUGAAAGUCCUGAUGAAUGCACUUCUCUAGGAAGCUCAGUACAACCCUUGGGACAGCUCAUGCAACAUGGCUUCAAGUACACAGCUCUGGCAGAAUACUAUGCCAUUGAAUCAGGUGAAAUGACUGUUAAACCAGGACAAGCUAUUGAGGUUCUAAAAAUCGGCAACGAUGGAUGGUGGUAUGCAAGAGAUAUAGCAUCACAACAACAAGGGUGGGUUCCAGCAAGCUACCUUGAACCACUUGUGCCAUCACAGUAAUCCUUAGUAAAGACCAUAUGCAAACAAAUUACCUCAGAAGCAAGAGUAUGAGCUAAAUGGUAGCCUGACACUUUCCCUCUUUUGAGUUGUUUCCCCUCCGAAGGAAGACCCAUUGUCAACUGUAUGGAGAAUUAUUCAAUAGUUGUACUCAUAUUGGUACAUACUGUACACAUACACAUUUACUGCAAUGAAAUUGCACACUCUUCAUCAAGGACCAAAAAGGAUACACAAAUAUGUGAUUGCCAGAUUUUUACUUCAAAUGGCUUCAAACAGCAUAAUGGAUGCCUUCAGAAAAUAUUGAUCACAGCCAAGAAUCUCAAUCUUAGACAAGUUCUAGAGAUUUGGUUUGAAAUCUCAAUUAUCAUCUAUGUUUUGAGGUGCUGGGUGGUCAAGAUUGCUGAUACUGGGUGUCAAUAAGGGUCAAGGCCCUUCAAAAAAAUUCUUAAUCCACUAUCUUUUCUUGGCCAUACCUUUACACAUGCAAGUGGUUUCUGUACAAAAUUCUAAAGAAAGUAACCCCUCUGCAACAUGAGCACCAAUUAUUUAGCUUAGUUAUUAUUCAAAUUAGUUCAAUUUACGAUGAAAUGGGAUUGUAGAUAUUUUUGUAUGAAAAUUAAGUGGCCAGAAAAUUUUGAAGAGAGAAUAUUUUUUAUUAAUGAAAUGGUAUGAAAGUUUUUAAAAUUUCUUUAGUGGAAUUAUUUAAAUAGAAUGUAGUGUUUAGGUUUAGAACAGGAGAAGUCAGGGGUGUGGCCAGAGAUGUCCAUAACCCCCACACCCCCCCNCCCCCCCCGCCAUUUCAAUAUCAAAACUAGUCUAUGUUAUUCCUCAUCUUUACCUCUGAACCAUCUGUACUAGGGCUCUGGCUGCGCUCCUACUAUUAUUGUAUAAUUAGAUUUAAGAUAUCUGUCCAUAUCUUGAUUUACUUAGUAUUCUAUUUUGCCAUGACAACAAAAUGAAAACCCAUGAGGGAGGGGUCAGGAGUUGUAUCAGUCAUCACUACAUUCAUAUUGAUUUACAAACACAUCCAUACUUAAUAUUUAAGUCUUGAAGACAACAGAUUUAAAAUUGAGGUUUCAUGAAUGUUUUAAAGAGAUUUCAUUUCACAAAAGAUAAAAUUAAUUAUUCCGUUUUAUCCUACAAGAAUGCUGCCAUGAAACCCAUCUAUAGAUGAAAUCAACAUUAAAUCGAGAAGAAGCAAACAGUUACUGCAAUUUUCAAUAUCCCUGCAAACUUGGUAGUUACAAGUUGCAUGCUGUUUUCACUGCCGUCA